AUGCCCUUGCGUACGCACACCCACCUCUUUUUUACCACUGACUUUCCUAUUCCGAACCCAGCUGGGAAGCUGUUGUCGAAUUGGUUCUUUCUUUCUUUCUUUCUUUCUUUAUUUAUUUCUUUCUUUCUUUCUCGUUCAGAUUUUGAACGAAGUCGACGUCGCCAUCUUUCGGUAUGCGUUCGCCAAACCCCACCGCCUGUCGUUUAUCGAUCAAUUGGCUUCCCUCUUUUCUCUUUCGUACUGAUUCUGCAAAUCGGAUUUUUUUUCCCUUCGCUUAAAUACCAACCGUUGCCUUUUCGUUUUCCUGUCAACACAAUGAACGCCUUGAUUUGUCUAUCAAUAUCGUCAUAUCUCUCUUUUAUCUUUCUCUUUUUGUUCCUAUCUAUCUAUCUAUCUAUCUAUCUAUCUAUCUAUCUAUCUAUCUAUGUCAGUCUAUUCGCUAUCUCAGUCGAUUCGUUAUCUAUCUAUCUAUCUAUCUAUCUAUCUAUCUAUCUAUCUCAGUCUAUUCGCUAUCUAUCUCAGUCUAUUCGCUAUCUAUCUAUCUAUCUAUUUAUCUAUCUCAUUCGAUUAUCUAUCUAUCUAUCUAUCUAUCUAUCUAUCUAUCUAUCUAUCUAUCUCAGUCUAUUCGCUAUCUAUCUCAGUCUAUUCGUUAUCUAUCUAUCUAUCUAUCUAUCUAUCUAUCUAUCUAUCUAUCUAUCUAUCCAUCUAUCUAUCUAUCUAUCUCAGUCUAUUCAGUCUAUUAUCUAUCUAUCUAUAUCUAUCUAUCUAUCUCAAUCUCGUUUUCUUUCUCGUCAGUAUCGUGCCAUGAAUCUAUGGAACAGCUUUUCCUCUCGGCUUCAUAUUUCUUUAACUCAACAUCAAUACUCUUACCCUGCAGCGUCCUGCUUGAUCAAUUCCUAUUUUCUAAAAUACCUUUAUGCCAACUGUUUGAUCUUUUCUUCUUCUUCUUCUUCUUCUUCUUCUUCUUCUUCUUCUUCUUCUUCUUCUUCUCUCUCUCUCUCUCUCUCUCUCUCUCUCUCUCUCUCUCUUUAUAUGUUUUUUCCUUCAAAUCUCUUUCCCCAUUCAAGGAGUGGGUCAGUGUUCAAAGCAAUUAGGAACGUAUACAAGUAUGUGUUAGAACCUCUUUUUUCUUUCACCUUCUCUAUUUCUCUCACCCCUCAUUUUUUUUCGUCUCUUUCUUUCCUUCUCUUCCGCUCUGCCAACAUAUUUUGUAUGUGCAUGCAUGAGUACGUAUUUAGCAGGUCAGUUUAG